AAGCGCAUUUAACCGAUAAUUGUGGAAAAGCGUGCGCUACUUUUUUACUACUUAACUAUUCGUUCAAUGGUUUAUUCAAUACAAUUUCGCAUCGUAAAUAAAUUUCCCUACAAGUAUCUUUAUGAUAUUUGUCAUGAAACUAAUAAAUAUAAAAACUUUACUAGCGAUGAGAAAAUUCAAUUCAAUUUCAUAAUAAAUUACGUAUAUCUCUUAUUGUCUGGUAUCGACGUUCUUCGGGUCAGAUAAGCUUUCUUUAGACUUUUAGCUUACUUCUCUUAAGAGACACGAUUGAAAAUAUAAGUGUCAUAUUCAGGUCUCUUGCGGUUUGCGGUGCGGAAUGAAGGAUGGAUCGGCGACCGUUCGGCGCACCUAAACACGCGAAUAAAGAUAAAGCGGAUACGAAAGUAAAUAUGGCCGAGAACCGAAAGUGCAUUCCGGGCCCCGAAUACAAAAUGAUCGCUCGUAUCUAAACGACCUGCCCGCGUCCUAUGGAAACCAGUAUCCGAUUUUCGAUGCGCCCGCACGGAGCGCGGUCGUGCAUUCGAAAUGCACGAAAUAAUACGUCUACCAAACAUCGUGGCUCUUAAAAUAUACCGGACCGGCAGCCCGCCGGUCGUUGUUGGAUCGCGGCCGAAUGGGUUAGCGCGACAAGACCGUCUGCGCAAAAUUUACAACAUCGCUACACCGCUCGCGUCCAAUGGCGCUGUUACGAGAAAUACAGACGGAAUAUUUCGCGGUGAUUUGACUGCACGAUCCAUCGACGUUCUUGUCGCUCGCGGACGUGACAUUCAUUAACGAGCGACAUUUUCGUAACGUCGUUAGCUUGCAAAAUGAAAGAACGCCCAUCAUAUCGAACUUUUAUCGUGAUCAUGUCACUGUGCGACAAGUAACCGAGAGACGAUCUCUUCGAUAUUUCAUAAUUUUAGGUCUGAAGAUGAUAUUACGAGAGGAACCGUCGCCAGAAAUACAUUUUCUCUGAUUGCGAGAAAAUUGUAAUUCUACUCCACUGCAAACACAUCGUUCUCUUUUUCUAUCGAUCGUCUGCAUUUUUGUAGAAUUAAUAUGCAUUUUGUAAAAUACAAAAAGAAACGACGAAUAGAAAUAGCUCCGGUCAUCUUUUUUUGUUAUCGAAUGAUCUGGAGGGACGAAGGUGGUCCAUCCCGUAGCAAACAGUGACAAAGCCGCAUUCCUUUGGGCACUAUUUAAGCGCUACGCCGAUCCGCAGAUCGACAGAAUACUCGGCAACUGUCGUGUUCAUACCGUUUCUCAGUAUUCUACGCCAGUCAGCCAGCCAGUCGAAGCUUCUGAAGCAAAAUGAAGCAUCUUGUUACUCCGCUCAUUCUUUUCGCGCUUACCGCUGGGCAAGUAGUUCGAUUGCCGUCUUCUUACCAGAGCGGCGUCAAGUGGGAGUUCGGUACUAACGUCGUUCGCGGCGACGUAUUGGCCCGCUCUAAUGUUGACCAUGUUGUACCAACCGUUUACAAAAAGGAGCUGGUUUCGCCAAUAACUAGAGGAGAGCCAGAGCCAGUCGUAGCGGUUUACAAGGAACUGUCCAUGACGCCGGAUAUCUACAACCCUGUCGUCCCAACUGUGUACAGAAAGGAGGAUGUCGGGCAGAACGUUCACAAGCAGCAUCCGAUAAUACCGACAGUCUUCAAGGCGCACCCGGUGGCAUCAAAUAUUUACAAGAGUGAACCCGUCGUGCAGAACGUUUACAAGCAACAGGCUGCACCAGUGCCAAUUGUUCACAAAGUAUCUCCGGUCGUAGCCAACGUUCACCAACUUAAAGUCCAUCAGCCGGUUCAACCAGUCGUGCAUCACCAGGAACAGCUGCUGUUACAGGACUACGUUCCGAAGAAUCUACCACUCCAUUCGCAGCCGCAGCAAGAGGUACUGAGCCACUCGUGGAAUGAUCAAUACAAUCCCGAUCAUGCGUUUGUUCACGACAACGUGCACGUAGUACCGCACAAUUAGCCGUCUACUCAAUCUUUCCGGAAUAUGUUUAACAUUUUUCCGUUUAAUAUUUUUCAAGUUAGCGUUAUUGUCAUAUGACGCCAUGACGUUAUACGUAGCGAGAUCAAAUUUGUCAUGAGUCAGCAAUAUUCGCAGAGAGAGAAAGAGAGUGAAUAAAUAACAUCACAAAACCAAAUCGUGUGACGUGAAAUGUCA